AAUAUUAUCGAUUCGUAUCGAGGAACUCAUAACGAGUACGUGUUUUCGUGUCGUGGGUGGUGGUGUUUAUUUUGGUAGUUGGUUUAAUAGUAACGAUAGUAACUUCGUAGAAGUGAAAAGAUUUUGUUAUAUGUUUAGCAGUGCAGAAACGGAAAGCAUUCAGUACGAUUGGCGCCCUUGUCUGUGGUGAAAGCAUAAAAUGGGAGCUGUUUUGGGCCUUUGUUCUGCUGCGCAGCUGGCAUGUUGCUGUGGGAGUGCUGCCUGUGGAUUGUGUUGCUCAGCCUGUCCAUCAUGUCGCAAUUCAACAUCAACACGCGUCAUGUAUGCAGUUAUGCUGCUCCUGGGCACUGUAGCAGCUUGCAUUACUUUGUCUCCAGGUCUCCAAGAUGCAUUAAAGAAAGUACCAUUUUGUAGCUCAAAUGAUUCAAGUGCAACAGCCCUUUUAAAUCUCUACCCAUCCUGGCAGUGUGAGUCUGCUGUGGGAUAUCUGGCAGUGUAUCGUCUUUGCUUUGCUCUUUCUGCAUUCUUCUUUCUCAUGGCACUCAUUAUGAUUGGUGUGAAGACAUCAAAGGAUCCUCGUGCUGGCAUACAGAAUGGUUUUUGGGCCAUUAAGUAUCUGCUGGUGAUCGGUGGAAUGGUUGGUGCUUUCUUUAUCCCUGAGGGCUCUUUUGGAACUACGUGGAUGUAUUUUGGCAUGAUUGGAGGUUUCCUGUUUAUCAUCAUCCAGUUAAUUCUCAUCAUUGAUUUUGCUCACUCCUGGGCUGAGAGCUGGGUUGGUAACUACGAGGAAACCGAAUCCAAAGCUUGGUAUGCAGCAUUGCUUAUUUUCACAUUAUUGAACUAUGCACUGGCCAUUACUGGUAUAGUGUUGCUGUUUGUUUAUUUCACUCUGCCUGAUGAUUGUGCACUGAACAAAUUCUUCAUCUCAUUCAACUUAAUCUUAUGUGUGAUUGUGAGUAUAAUAUCUGUCCUGCCCAGCGUACAAGAGAUGCAGCCCCGUUCAGGCUUGUUGCAGUCAUCUGUUGUGACUCUCUAUGUUAUGUAUCUCACCUGGUCAUCUGUUUCCAGUCAGCCGUAUAGACCAUGCAAUCCUGGCUUCCUGGGUGUUAUUGGAUUGAAGUCAGAGAGCACUUUUGACAGUGAGAGUAUUGUGGGUCUUAUCAUCUGGAUGUGUUGUGUUCUGUAUUCUUCAUUGCGUACAGCAUCCAGUUCAUCUAAAAUCACCAUGUCAGAACAUGUUCUUGUCAAGGACAGUGGGGCUGUUCGUGGCCAGGGAAAUCUCUCGUUGGUUAAUAAUGAAGGUGGUGAUGGAGGAGAAAGUGGACACACAGAUGGUACAAAGGUGUGGGACAAUGAAGAGGAGGCAGUUGCAUAUUCUUGGUCCUUCUUCCAUGUCAUGUUUGGUCUAGCUACUCUUUAUGUCAUGAUGACUCUGACCAAUUGGUACUCGUAAGUAUCUCAUAAAUAUA